AUGUUAUCUGAAGGACCACCUACACCUGUAGGAGCCUGCUCAAGCAUUAAGAUCACCACCAGAGGUCCUACUCCCCAGGAUGAGCCAUUAGGACUUUGUCAGUGUGAUUCAUUUGUAGGAAGACAUUCCAUCUCACAACCACAGCCUCCAGUUGUAGGCCAUGUCAGCCACCACAAUGUUCAACUUAGCUGGAACUUGGAAGAACAACGAAAAGGCCCUCAGGAGCAAUGGUUAAAAAUUUCAGUUGAAGAAGAGGACCCUAAAUUGCAUAGAUAUGGUCUAAUUUACACGGGAUAUGCUCGACAGCAUGUUGUGGAAGGUCUUGAACCAAGAACAACCUACAGAUUUCGGCUUAAAGUCACAGAUCCUGCAGGGGAGUCUUUUUACAGCUCACCUGUUUGUGUAACCACAACAAGUGAACCAUUGAGUGGCGACCACCUCCACCGUGCUGUAAGCAGGAAUGAUAUAGAUGAAGUUGUUAAUAUUCUUCGGGGAAGGAAAGUGGUGGUAGAUACACUCAAUAAACUAGGAUUUUCAGCUUUGAUGGUUGUUUCACAAAAAGGAUAUAUGAGACUUGCACACAUUUUGGUAGAAAAUGGAGCAGAAGUAAACAAGAAGAAUUCCAGUGGAAAAGACAGUUUAAUGAUAGCUUGCUUUGCUGGUCACCUGGACAUUGUUCAGUAUCUUAGAAGCCAAGGAGCUUCCUGGCAAUCCAGAGACCUUGGGGGAUGUACAGCUAUGCACUGGGCUGUUGAUGGAGGGUACUGUGAUGUUAUUGAAUGGAUGAUCCAGGAUGGAUGUGAGGUUGAUCCUAAAGACACAGGCUUGGAGUGGACUCCACUGAUGAGGCUGUGUGCAAUAACAGGAAAAGCAGAUGUGGCCACACUUUUAAUAGAUGCUGGAGCUGAUGUAAACGUAAAAGAUAAAGAUGGCAAGACACCUUUAAUGGUGGCAGCAUUAAAUAACCAAGAGGAACUGGUUAAGUUAUUGCUAGAGAGGGGAGCAGAUCCUGAUGUUAAAAAUGAGUUUGGCAAAGGUGCCCUGGAAAUGGCUAGAGGUUUGAACAGGCAGAGUGUGGUUUCGAUAAUAGAAGAUAAAAAAAGGCAAUCAAGUAGUAUGACAGUUGAUCUUUCUUCAUCGCAACUGUGUGAAGCAAGUAAAUGAAAUCCUAAUCUUUCCUGAGGUCUAGUUGUUUGCCUUUUUCCUGUUUCGUUGUUACACAUUCUUGGGACAUCUUGAUUAAAACGUUAGCUUUGCUUCUUCA